AUGGCAGACUGGGAACAAAAGGCGGCCAAGAAACGCCAGGCAUUAAGGGAUUCCAUCCCGUCCGAAUGGAUCAUCCCGGCCGAGCUGCUGCCCGAUGAGAGCGUGCAAGACGUGACCAAAUUUCCCGAAACUUCGGGAUGGUUCACAUCUGAAGAACUAGCCAUUACAAACUCAAAUGUUCUGGAUUUACUACCCAAACUUGCUUCCGGCGAGCUCAAAUCCGAGACGGUGACUCGGGCCUUUUGCAAGCGUGCGGCAGCGGCCCAUCAACUGACAAACUGUCUAUCGGAGACGUGUUUCUCUCGCGGCCUCGAGACGGCCAAGAAGCUCGAUGAGCACCUCGCACGCACGGGCAAGCCCAUCGGGCCCCUCCACGGCCUGCCCGUCUCGCUCAAGGACAACUUCAACCUAAAGGGGCUGGACGCAACCGUAGGCUUUGUGAGCCACAUUGGCGACGCGGCGCCCUACGACUCUGCGCUGGCCGCGCUGCUCGAGGCCGCCGGCGCCGUCUUUUACGUAAAGACCAAUGUCCCCACGGCCAUGAUGAUUGCCGAGUCGGUCAACAACGUCUUUGGCCGCACCGUCAGCCCGCUGAACCGCAACCUGACCAGCGGCGGCUCCUCGGGCGGCGAGUCGGCCCUCAUCGCCUUUGGCGGCAGUCCCAUUGGCGUCGGCACCGAUAUUGGCGGCUCCCUGCGCAUCCCCGCCGCCUGCACCGGCAUCUUUACCCUGCGGCCCAGCUUUGGCCGCUUCCCGACCCUGCGCUGCCGCUCCGGCAUGCCCGGCCAGGAGGCCGUCCAGAGCGUUAAUGGCCCCCUGGCCCGCACCCUUCCCGACCUCGCCCUCUACUGCGCAAUCGUUGUCGGCGCCGAGCCCUGGCUCGCAGACCCCCGGUGUCUGCCGAUCCCCUGGCGGGAGACUCGGCUGCCCGCCCGUCUCCGCAUCGCCGUCAUGUGGGACGACGGCAUGGCGCGCCCCACGCCGCCAGUGACGCGGGCGCUGCAGACGGCCGUCGACAAGCUCCGCGCCGCGGGUCACGAGGUGGUGGACUGGUCCUCCGAGGACCAGCUGCAAGGAGCCGCCCUGCUGCAGCGCAUGUUUGUUGCCGACGGCGGCUCGGCCAUUCGGCGCGAGAUUGAGCGCUCCGGCGAGCCCUGGCGGCCCGAGAUGGAGGCGUACCGUACCGCGACGGAGCUGUCCACCUCGGACAUGUGGGCGCUGCACCUCGAGCGUGUCGAGUUCCAGAGGCGGUAUUUGGAGCGCUGGAACCAGGCUGGCAUUGACGCCAUCUUGUGUCCCACGACCCCGUACAGUAGUGUCGAGAAUGGCAAGUUUAAACAUGUUGGAUAUACUGGAGUUUACAAUGUCCUCGACUACUCGUGCAUGUCGUUCCCCACGGGCAUCACGGUAGAUGCUCAGGUUGAUAAAGCUCCUAGCGACUACAAGCCCAUGACAGAUUUGGAUGCGACGAUACAGUCAGAAUACAAUGCGGAAAAGGUGCAUGGUAUGCCGAUAAAUCUGCAAUUGGUGGCCAGAAGGCUAGAAGAAGAAAAGGUAGUGGCCAUGACGCAAGUAGUCUUGGAUGCCCUGGUAUAG